UGUUUUGGACAAAGCUUCUCUAACAGCAUAGAUGAUCCUCUCCGGACCAUAUCCAUGGAAGGCGGAAGUAUCUUUUAACUGUUAAAAACAUCUUGACGCUUCAGUUUGAACGUAGAAUAACGUGUUAUUGCGUGACAUUAUUUUGAAUGUCCAAACUUCUUUGUUAUAUGCUAACGUUAUGUGUUCAGAUAUCUAGUAUAUCUGUAAAACAUACAACUCGAUACAAUUUCUAAAAUGUUUUCUUUUUUUUAAGGGAAAUCUACAAAAAUACCAAUGCAACCCAUUUUCAUCUUUAUUUUAUAUUUACAUUCAAUGCACCGCAAGCAAUUAUGCUGUUUGCUAUUACCAUUAUUUUAGAUUAAUGAGAUACACUUGAUGUUAAUACAACUCUUUGGUAUUUUCCCCGAUUUUAUUUUUCGGGAGACAUUUGAGUGGGUUAUCUAAUCUCUCACUUAGUAAAUUAUCUUGGGCCGGGAUGUUCCGUGACCAUUUACACUAGAAAUAACCACUACUUUACAGUAUGGUAUGGAGUAAAUAAACAAGUAUGCAAUGAAACAGUGUAUACUUCUUUUUAAUAGUACUACACAUAUUUGACAUAGUUUGCGUUAGCCUUAAUCCGACACUUCUCUUGCCACUUUUUGGCACUUUUUACAGCUGUAAACAAAUCCACAAACGGGGGUCUGUCAACCCUGCAUUCAACACCACCGACUGGAAAAACAUGAAAUUGUGACCUUCUGACUCCGCCAAAACAAACAAAAGACACUGUAACAAAGAGAAACGCGUUUACAAUGUUCAAAACAACAGAGAUAAUAGAAUGAAAUAAGGUAACGUUACAAUAGGACCGGCUUCAUUCGCUAACAAAACAGCCUCCCGUUCACAUAAGAAUAAAUGAAACUUUGCACAUUUCAAAGUGACAGCGUUCGAUUGAGAGGAAUUUGGAUCGGUGGAUUUUGACGAGCUUCACCUGCGGUUCGAUCAUGACUUUACUGCCGAGGAUCAUGCGGUGGAUUGAGAGACGCGCUCCCUUCAUUCACUUACAAUCUAGUGCCAACAUGUCCAAGUAUAACAGGAGACUUCGAGUCCUGGUGGACAUGGACGGUGUGAUCGCGGAUUUCGAGGGAGGAUUUUUAAAGAAAUUCAAGGCGAGGUAUCCGAACGAGCCGUAUUUAUCUUUAGAGGACAGACGAGGCUUCUGGGUGUCGACGCAGUACGGUGAUCUGAGAAGCGACCUGUGUGAUAAGGCCAUCAGCAUUUGGGAGUCAAAGAACUUCUUUAUCGAGCUGGACCCUGUUCCUGGAGGAGUGGAGGCUGUGAAGGAGAUGUUCAAGAUGGAGAAUACAGAUGUCUUCAUUUGCACCAGUCCAAUAAAGCAUUACUGCUACUGUCCAUACGAAAAGUAUGCAUGGAUAGAGAAACACCUGGGGCCUGAGUUCCUGGAGCAGAUCAUCCUGACCAGAGACAAGACCAUAGUGACCGGAGAUAUUCUCAUUGAUGAUAAACCUGAUAUCCUGGGUGUGGACCCCAAUCCUUCCUGGGAGCACAUCCUUUUCACUGCCUGUCACAACAAGCAUCUGCCACCAAACCCCUCCCAAAGGCGACUUCUGUCCUGGGCGGAUGAUUGGAGGGGUAUGCUGGCAAAUAAGAGCCAACCUCAAGACAACCCAUAAUGUGACAUCUUGCACUGGGUGUGAUAAUAAUAUGAAAUAUAAAAAUGUAAAUGGUAAGAAAGCCCUCAGGUACAAUAUUACACUCUAAAGGUCAGAAAUAAUGUCUGCUAUGUAACAUGGUGAUUGAUUUACCAGACAUUGAUAAAAACAGUAGAAAGUAAUCUGAGGUAUACAAACAAGUUAUUAAGAUUUCAGGUGUUUGAUUUAAUCUUCCAUGCAAAACUUUUAGCUGCAUGUUAAUGUAAUUUUAUUGUUCAUUUUGCUUUCAACUGAGGAUUCAGGUUUUUGUUUACAUAUAGUUUACCUCAAGCAUACACUGCCUUUUAAUUCAGUAUCAAGGGGGACAAGGGGAAUUGUGUACAAGCAAGGGAGAACAUUUAAAUGUACUAUUUCCACUCCUGUCUAACCACACAAAUAUUAGUAUUAGUAUGAGCUGCUUUCAAACCCACUAAGAUUUAUCACUGUUCGCUAUUUUUAAUGGGAGUUUUUGAAAAACAUGGAUGCAUAUUUAUAUGAUUUUAAUUCAGGGAGAACAUUAUAAUAUUUUUUUUAUUGCUAUAUAUCAUAAUUCAGAUAUUUUGUGUCUCAGAAGUUGUCUUGAUCAGGCAAAACCAUGCCAAACCACUGCCUGUUUAGUCAAUGUACUGUGACUGCAGAACAAAACAGUGCAAGGGUUUUUGGGCAUAUUGCACUCUUAACACUAGAGGGCACUCUGAGCACAUUUAUUCACGAGAACACCUACUUGGAUGUUGCUUUGUCAAUAAUUUAUAGUUUGCAGCAUGGAUCAUUUAAUAAACUUUUUAUGACUUGA